CCGCCGAGCCACCGUCCCCAGCAGACUCGCGGUGGGCGCGCACGGUUCGGUUUCUCUCCUGGAUGCUAAGCUAACGCCGGCUAACGUCUUCUGGUUUAAAGUGCGAGAGACAGUUUCUGUUCCGAUGGAGAAUGUAAACGCCAAGUACGUGUCACAGAAGGUCAGCCGGACCAGAUGGAAACCGGUGUCCGUGUCCACUCUGCAGCAGCCGGACAUCUUUGCGGCCGGUUCGUGGGACAACGAGGACAACAAGAUUUCCAUCUGGUCCAUUGGGAAUAAUGGAAGUUCAGACAUGGACGAUGGAUUUGAAGGAGAUCCUCAGCUGUUGUGUGAACACAAGCAUGAUGGAGAUGUUUUAGACCUUCAGUUUUUGGAUCAAGACAGAAUCGUAACAGCAUCUUCAACUGGAGCAGUCACCAUCUACCGCCACCACCAAAACAGUCAGACAAUAUCAGUUGCUCAGCACUGGGCAAGAGCGCAUCGUUACCCUUGUGACAACACCCCCUGCACUGGCGUUGUGUGCAGCAGUCCAGAGAUCGUUACGGUCGGUGAAGACGGCAGAAUCAUCGUCUUCAGAGCCGACCAGGAAGCAGUGAUCAGAGUCAUAGAGAAUGCAGACAGCAGCACGAUUCAUGCGGUGACUUAUCUGAGGACAACAGAGAUUUUGACAGUGAACUCGAUCGGCCAACUCAAGCUGUGGGAUUUCAGACAACAAAGCAACUCGCCGUCCCAGAUCCUCUCCCUCUCCGGGGAUCGAGUCCCUCUGCACUGUGUGGACAGACAUCCGAACCAACAGCACAUCGUAGCCACAGGAGGCCAGGACGGCAUGCUCUGUGUCUGGGAUGUGAGACAAAGCAACGCUCCCUUCUCACUCAUGGAGGCACACUCUGCUGAAAUGUGGGAGGUCCACUUCCACCCAACCAACCCAGACCAUCUGUUCACCUGUUCAGAGGACGGCUCGCUGCUACACUGGGAAACAUCCUCACAUUCAGACAUGCCCUCCUUCCUACAAGGUGGCAGGAACAACAGCAUGAUGUCACGCAGUGCGAUGGCUCCAGCCGGAGGGAACCAGUCCCUCGUCAACGCCUGGCUGAGCGGAGACUCCAGUAAAGGACGCCUGGAGACAACUCACAUGCUGCCCAGCCAGACGCUGUCGGUCAACAGCCUGGACGUACUCGGACAGUGUCUCGUCUGCGGGACUGACGGAGAGGCUAUUUUUGUCAACAGGCACAUCCCAGUUUGAAGUGCACAAGAGAACAGGAUAUUUAUUUGCAGCCAAUUUCGGUCCUAACUGAGGUUUUAUUGUCUGCUUUGAUCAAAUAUCAAAAAAGAUGUCCACAAGUGUGUUUGUGAUAUUGUGGCUUUACUUGUGUGUUUUUCUGAUCCGUUUUGUUGAUGCAUUCAUGAAUCUUUAUGGUUUAAUUCUUUUUGUAAAUCAUUCCGAGCAGAGUAUUUUAGUUCAGCUGUACUUUUUGUAUGGAUGUUUUUGUUUAAACUGUUUUUGAAAUAAAUAAAUAAAUAAACCAAUAAAAUAUAAAUGACACAAGUGUUUUUCACAGAGAGUUUCAAUGACCUCUGCUGCUGUUUAUCAAAUAUAUUUCUACUUCACCAGUUCAGAUUAGUUCACUGAGCUCAGGUAAACACAAGUUCAGAGGUAAAGUGAAGACGCUGCAUCCGGGGAACUUG